AUGGCUACCAAAAAUGGCAGGAUUCGAUCCUCGGUGGCAAAUAUCGAACAACAGAGAAGACAAGUACUCAAGCCACUUCUCGACAAUCCAUUCACACAGACAGCAUGGCCAGAAGUGGGUCAAGAUACUUUAAAAGGGAUUACUGACAUCUUGAUUCAAAUUUUGCGAUCAGUCAGUAAGUAUAACAAGUUGAGCGGCAAGAAUCUGGAAGCAACCAUUCACAAGCCGAGUGUAGUGGAUAAAAUGACUAUUGGAUUCAACUCCACCACCAAAAGUUUGGAGUAUAAAGUGCAAAAGGGAAAAAAAGAACGUAAACUCUCCUUUGAUAACUGUAAGAAAAUUCAACUGAAUAGAAAGACAGUGAGGGACAUUUCCUAUGUUUUUGUCUGCAAGGAUGACAUCAAACCAGAUAUUUUAACUCAGCAUUUUCCAAGUCUUUGUCUCAUGGCAUCAAGUACCGAUGAUGAGAUAAAGCUGGUAGCCCUUCCCAAAGGCUCUGUAGCACAAUUAUCUGAAGCACUGAACGUUCCAAACACAACAAUUUUAGGGUUUCCCAGGAAAUUUGAGGAGAACGACUUAUUGAGCACACUCAUGGAAAAUAUUGAGCCACCGAAAGUCCCCUGGCUAUCUGCAAUGCCAAGGUAUGAACCUCUGUCGGUAGGCUUUCUGCAGACAACACAGCCAAUAUCACGAAAGGUUAGCCAAAAGGAUCACAACAACAUCAGGAAAAGAGAAGAUGACCAAGGUGGGGUCAAGAAUCAAAAAAGGACAAAAACGUAA